AUGCAGCCUUCUCAUUUUCGUGGUAACCAAGGCUACGACCUCCCACCGGUGCAGUCGGUGACGUCGGGCGCAUUCCCGGCUCCCGCGCUGCUUUCCGCUCCGCCGAGCAGACCUGACAGCGGGAUGCGAAUGUCUCAUUUAUUACAGCCUAUGCCUCCAGCUGUGCCCGCGACGUCACCCUAUCAGCGUUUUUACGACUCCGCCUCUGGCUCACCAGCUGAGACUACGCUGCCCGAUGCCCCACCAAUGAAUUCAGUUCCAGGUCUCUACCAAUCCAGCCCCGGGCAUGGGCAAACCGCCGCACAGUUACAGCAGAAGCGCGCGUAUCGCCAGCGUAGAAAGGACCCCAGCUGCGAUGCUUGUCGCGAGCGCAAGGUCAAAUGUGACGCAUCGGAAUCAUCCAGCUGCACCGAAUGUAACAAUCGCAGGGUCCGUUGUCAGUUUACCAAAGAGACGAACCGUCGCAUGUCGUCUAUCAAACAGGUCCAGGAUCUGGAGAAGCAGUUGCAGAAUACAAAACAACAAUUACAGCACUUGCAGACCGGUAUGAUGCGGCCGGAUCGCAUGGUCGAUGUCGAUGAAGGUGUCCCGCAGCCGAUGGUCAAAUUACCUGAGAUUGAAUAUCGACCCGUGCGCCGUUCAAAAGCGCCCAUCCCACAGGAUUUCUCCGAUGUGCGGUCCAACCUCCGCCGUUAUGGUCGUGGUAUUUUGAAGGUGCCCACCCCAUACCGUCAACAGGGUGCACAGUCAUUGGUAACGGGGGAUGCGCCGGAGCUACCGCCGAAGACUCUAGCAGAUCAUCUACUGGCCCAGUAUUUCAAUUGUAUCCAUACUGUACUUCCGGUACUCCAUUGGCCCAUAUUCAUCGCAGAAUAUGAAAAAGUUUAUCGGUCGGGGACAUUGUUGGGUGUUUCAAAUGAAUGGGCGGCUGUGCUGUUUGGUGUAUUUGCCUGUGGUGCCAUCCACACGAAUGAGGCGAAUCGGGAGGAGGAAGGAAAGAAAUAUGUACGCACAUCUUGUGGGAUUAUUGAUGUUUGGCACGACAACUUCAAUUUAGAUCGUGCUCGUGCCUCGCUGUUGGCAAGCAUCUUUCUCUACGAGGUUAAUUCGAGGUCGGCUAGUUGGGUGUGGAUUGGCUCAGCAGUGCGUGUAGCUCAAGAGAUCGGGCUGCACAUCGACUCUGGGCCGUGGCCUGCAGUUGAAGGGGAGAUGCGGAGGCGUCUUUGGUGGGGACUAUACGCCUGGGACAGAUUACUUGCGCUUGAGAUGGGGAAGCCAGUAUUGAUCAACGAUCAAGAUUGCGAUAUCGAUCUCCCAUGUCCCGUGGAUGAGCAAUACAUCACAGAGGGAGGCAAGAUCCCAGACAGCCAACAAACCACGCCGCUGCUGGCUACGAUCCACGUCGUCCGGUCUAUUGGCCAACUCACGCACACCCUACGCUCGGCAACCAUCAGCCCAGCCACUCUGGAGACCUUCGAACUCCACUUCAACACAUGCCUCGCAACAUUCCCAUCUCAGUUUCACCCUAAAACCGACCAAGACCUCGACCCCCGCUCUCUAGCCCCAGUAAUCUACCUCCAAAACGCCCGUCUCCUUCUCCACCGCCACAACAUCUCCCCCUUCUGCCCCGACAUGGUCCGCACCUCAGCAAUGGACUACUGUGUUUCCACAGCCCUAGACACCUCCAACAUUCUCGCCCGCUGUAUGCGUAACUACCUAACCCACCCAGGACCACCAUGCGUCAACGACCCCCGUUCCCACUUCGCCUCCUGCGCCAGCUCCCUCCUCUGCACACAUAUCUGGCGCUGCAGUCUCCUCCUCCUCUUCCGCGCCGAGUACGCCGGCGCUCUCGCCUGCGUGCAAGCGCUCUCAUCAAUCGGCGACGUGCGCACUGUCAACGCAGCCUGUGGGCGAUACCUCGCCUUCUUCCUACGCCAUCUCCUGGCCCGCCUCCGCCCAACUGAGGGCCACGUCGCUGAUCUCGAGCGUGACGAAGAAAUGAUGGCUUAUGUCUCAGGUGAUAUGCAAGGGACUAGCGACGGUAGCUGGGUAUGGCAUGGAUCCGAGACGGGCUCUCAAUUGCAGGGGAUGGGGAACUCGACGCCGACAUCCUCGAGCCAUCGGGCAGAGAUCGAGACGGAUGUUGAGUGGGAGGGGUGGGAGUGGAUUGAGAAGACCGUACAUGAUCUUUUCACAGAGCAGCAUCAGCAGCAACAGCAACAUCAGCAGAUGGCUUACGGUCCGCCGAAACUGGAGGCUUCGUCUUCUUCUACUACUACUCUUACGUCGGAAUCGGCUUCUGAUACGGACGGACGGUUGAGUUCGGCUCACUCACGAAUGACGAUUGCUAGCAUUAUUUGA